AUGGCCUUAAAACGGAUCCACAAAGAGUUGACAGAACUUCAAAGAGAUCCGCCGCCGGGCUGUACGGCCGCACCCAAUGGCGACAACUAUUUCCAGUGGACGGGCAGUAUUGAGGGCCCGCCGGACACCCCCUACGAGGGCGGACUGUUUAAUGUGCAAAUCAAUUUCCCGCCCAAUUACCCGCUGAGUGCACCACAAAUCUCAUUUACAACAAAGAUAUUUCACCCGAACGUCAGUGAAAUCGGACAGAUUUGUUUGGACACAUUGAAGCAGAACUGGAGCGCCGGUCUCAACAUUGGUAAAGUGCUUCUGUCUGUGCAGUCAUUGUUGGCCGACCCGAACCAUUGUUGA